CUGACACAAGGAAGCUUAUGACUCCGCUCCGCAAUAAUAUUACGAAAGUACAGGGAAACUGUAAGGAGCUCUCCCUGUUUCGAUGGGAUGGCAACUUUACCCAGCGAACGGAGGGCUUUUGCGCACAAGAUUAACAGGACAGUAGCGUCCGAGGUCAGGAAGCAGGUUUCCCGGGAAUAUGGCUCUCCGCAGCUGUCCAAAAAACGUGCUGGAGCUCAUCAACCGGUGCCUCUGACGGAGGUGGUGGAGCCGGUUGACUAUGAAGAGUACGUUAGCAGCCAUCCGCCAGGAGCGGAGCCCGGGCCGCUCCGACAGCUGCUGGAGUUCCCCAGCGAUGACCUGGAGCUGCUGCUGCAGGAGAGAGAGUGCGCUACCAUAGAGCCGCCCGUCCCGGAGGAGGACUCACUGGACCCCAGAGUGAGGGAUGCCCUGGGGGUCUACACCGACGACUGGCUCAUCAUCCACAGGAAGUAUCAGCGAUACAGCACAACACAGACGCCUCAUAACUCUGAGCGGCAGCGGGAGAAACAGAAAGGACUCGUCAAACAAACCUUUGAGCUGGAUGAGGCCGCCAUUGAUCGGCAGGAUGAGCAGGAUGACUCAAAGAGGCACUCUGUGUCGCUGGAUGACACGCCACGGGGGAGCUGGGCCUCCAGUAUAUUUGACCUGAAAAACUCCACUCCUGAUGCGCUGCUGCCAGCUGUGCUGGAGCGCACGGCUGCAGAGGACAUGGACCGUCGCAACGCCGAAAACCGGCAGCAGUGCCGCCACGCUGAUCUCCUGGGACUGUACCCGGCACCGGAUGAGGACGAGGCUGUCGAGAGGUGCGCCAUCCCAGAGGUUCCCAAAGAGCAUAGUGGCCAGAGGAUCAUGGUCAAGUGUUUGUCCCUCAAAUUUGAGAUCGAAAUCGAGCCAAUAUUCGGAUCGCUGGCUCUGUAUGAUGUCAGAGAAAAGAAAAAGAUUUCAGAGGAUUUUUACUUUGACCUGAACUCGGAUCAGAUGAAGAGCUUGCUUCGACCCCACAGUCCACACGCAGCCAUUUCCACACUGGCACGAUCCGCGAUCUUCUCCAUCACAUACCCGUCACCGGACAUCUUCCUGGUCAUUAAGCUGGAGAAAGUCCUUCAGCAGGGAGACAUCGGCGAAUGCUGCGAGCCGUACAUGGUCAUGAAGGAAUCAGACUCCACUAAGCAUAAGGAAAAGCUGGAGAAGUUGAGGGCUCAGGCUGAGCAGAUGUGCACUAGGCUGGGUCGUUUCCGCAUGCCCUUCGCCUGGACUGCCAUUCAUCUGCUGAACAUCGUCAGCAGUGUUGGAGGCCUGGACCGCUCAGAUUCAGACUCGGACACGGAGCGUAAGGGAACGUGGAAUGAGAGAAAGAAGAAAGGAUUUGAGAGGAUGAGUGUAGGAGAGGACAUGUGCAACUUCACUAACUUCCGUCCGGCGACUCUCACGGUCACCAAUUUCUUCAAACAGGAAGGGGACAGAUUGAGCGAUGAAGACUUAUAUAAGUUCCUGGCAGACAUGAGGAGGCCGUCGUCUGUCCUGCGUCGACUCAGACCUGUGACUGCUCAGUUGAAGAUAGACAUCUCGCCAGCUCCAGAGGCGCCUCACUUCUGUCUCUCUCCAGAGCUGCUUCAUGUGAAGCCUUACCCUGACCCAAGGGUGCGUCCCACCAAAGAAGUGCUGGAGUUUCCCGCUCGCUACGUCUACACCCCACACACUACAUACAGGAAUCUGCUGUACGUUUACCCUCAGAGUGUCAACUUCAGUAGCCGGCAGGGUUCGGUGAGGAACAUCGCGGUGAAGGUGCAGUUCAUGGCAGGAGAGGAUCCCAGCCAGGCCAUGUCUGUCAUCUUUGGAAAGUCGAGCUGUGCAGAGUUUUACAAGGAGGCGUACACCCCAGUGAUCUACCAUAACAAGUCCCCUGAGUUCUACGAGGAGGUAAAGAUGAAAAUUCCCGCCAACCUCACCGACAACCACCACCUGCUCUUCACCUUCUAUCACAUCAGCUGCCAGCCCAAGCAGAAUACCCCCUUGGAGACGCCGGUGGGCUACACGUGGAUCCCUCUCAUGCAGCAUGGACGCCUGCGCACCGGCUCCUUCAGUCUGCCCGUGUCUGUGGAGAAACCUCCACCCAGCUACUCAGUCCUCACUCCUGAUGUUCAGUUACCGGGGAUGAAAUGGGUGGACAACCACAAAGGAGUCUUCAAUGUAGAGGUGAAGGCGGCCUCCUCAGUUCACACACAGGAUCCACACCUGGAUAAGUUCUUCACACUUGUGUAUGUUCUGGAGGAGUACUCCUUCCCUUUCCGGCUGAAGGAUGUUAUAAUCACUGAAGCAAAUGUGGAGGCGGAGCUGAAGGCCAGCAUGGCAGCUCUGAAAGGGGCGCUGCUGGACACUUGCGUGCGCUUCCUGCAUCAACUGAUGAGCAAGCUCAUAUUGCUAAUCGUACACCCUCCUGUCAUAGCAGGACAGAUCGUCAAUCUUGGCCGUGCUGCUUUUGAAGCCAUGGCCCUGCUGGUAAACCAGAUCCAUAAGAACUUAGAGGGAAACCAGGACCAUCAUGGCCGAAAUAAUCUGCUGUCCUCUUAUAUCCACUACUGCUUCCACCUGCCCACAACAGAGCCUGUGUCUCCCCCUGCUGUGGGAGCCGCAUCGUAUGAUCUCCCCAUCCAGUACGCCACGCUCUCUAGAGCCACAGCAAGACCCAGCAGCCUGCUCUUGUCCCGCUCCAAGAGCAUUAGUAACUCCAACCCUGACCUGGCCUCAACGCCAGCCACCCCUGAUGAGGAAGUGCAGAGAAUCAUCGGCAGCAAGGGGAUAGACCGCUCACAUUCCUGGGUAAACUCUGCUUACGCUCCAGGGGGCUCAAGGGCUGUGCUCCGCCGGAACCCCAACUCCAGCUGUGAGCUCAAGCAGGCCAGUGAGCGUGCCUGUAAUCGCAUGUCUGCCUUCAUCGAGACCACUUCCAUUCUCUGUCCUCCCUCCAGGCAGAUCGCCAAGAAGUUACUUCAUGAAGAGUUGGCUCUCCAGUGGGUGGUGAGCACCAGUACCGUGAGAGAGGCGUCUCUGCAGCAGGCCUGGUUCUUCUUCCAGCUCAUGGUGAAGAGCAUGUCCCAUCAUCUGUUCCUGUCCUCACGCCUGGACAUGCCCCGACGCCAGCGCUUCCCAGACCGCUUUGUGGACGACAUCGCUGCCUUAGUGUGUGCCAUCAGCGCAGACAUAGCCAGCAGAUACCACAAGGAUGUCGAGCUAGUGGAGAGGUUAAACAGCAGCUUGGCCUUUUUCCUCAACGACCUGCUGUCUCUCAUGGACAGAGGCUUUGUUUUCAACCUCAUCCGCUCGUAUUAUAAACAGAUUAAUAACAAGCUCCACACAGCGCAGAACCCCAGCUCUCUAACUGCGCUCAGGAUGGACUUCAUAAGGAUCGUCUGCAGUCACGAGCACUACGUCACCCUGAACCUGCCCUGCGCCGCCCUCAGCCCCCCCGCAUCCCCCUCACCCUCCACCUCCUCCACCACCUCUCAGAGCUCAGCGUUCUCCAGUCACGUUCAGGAUCAGGGUGUGGUGAGCAUGUUUGAACUGUCGGUGCCUUUUCGACAGCAGCAUUUUCUUUCUGGUCUGCUGUUGGCUGAACUGUCACUCAUCCUGGAGCCGGAUGGAGAGGGUGUGUUCUUCCUACACAAGAAGGCCAUUAGUGCGCUGCAUUCUUUGCAGUGCAGUCACGACGCGGACCCCCGCUACACAGACCCCCAGGUCCGCUCGCACGUCGCCCAGCUCUACCUGCCACUCAUCCCCAUUGUCAUGGAGACGCUGCCCCAGCUUCACGACUUCACCGACACGUCCCCACAGCGCGUACGUCACGCCUCGGCGCUCGUCGACGAUAGCGACCCAGACAACGGCACCAUCAGCCAGUCUGUUGCCAUGGCAAUAGCUGGCUCACCGCUCCCCCAUUCCAAAGCCAACCCCUUCACUCUGCCAUCCGUGGCGGGCCGUCAGUGUAGCACCCUCUCUGCCGAGUGCAGCAGGACGCUGUUGGUUUGUUUCCUCUGGGUGUUGAAGAACGCAGACGCUGGCCUGUUGGAACGCUGGGUCUCAGACCUGUCUGUGCCACAAAUCAACCGCUUGCUUGAUCUUCUUCACCUCUGUCUGUCCUGUUUUGAAUACAAGGGGAAGAAAGCCCUGGAGAGGAUAAACAGCCUGACCUUUAAGAAGUCUCAGGACAUGAAGGCCCGUCUGGAGGAGGCCAUACUGGGCACUAUCGGAGCCAGACAGGAGAUGGUCCGUCGCUGCCGAGGUACACCACACGCUCUGUUGGUAUCUGUGCGAGUUAAUGUCAAAGCACUGAAUUUGUCAUUCACCUCUGCUCCCGUGCGUUCCUCAGAGCGCAGUCCUUAUGGAGGUCAGGAGAACGUCCGCUGGAGGAAAAACGUCACUCACUGGAGACAGAACGCAGACAGAGUGGACAAAACCAAGGCAGAGGUGGAGCAGGAGUCUGUAGUGGAUGGAAACUUGGCCACAGAAGCUGCUCUCAUAAGCCUGGACACACUAGAGAUCAUUGUCAAAACGGUGGUGAUGUCAGAGCUGAAGGAGAGCGUUUUGGGUGGCGUGCUGAGAGUCCUCCUCCACAGUAUGGCAGGAAACCAGAGUGCUCUCUUCCUGCAGCACUGCUUCAGCACACAGAGGGCUUUGGUCUACAAGUUCCCAGAGAUGCUGUUUGAGGAGGACACCGAGCUCUGUGCUGAUCUGUGUUUGAGGUUACUGCGUCACUGCAGCAGCAGCGUGAGCUCCGUACGCAGCCACGCCAGCGCAUCCCUCUACCUGCUCAUGAGACAGAACUUCGAGAUCGGCAACAAUUUCGCCCGUGUGAAGAUGCAGGUCACCAUGUCUCUGUCUUCACUCGUGGGAACCUCGACGAAGUUCAACGAAGAGCAUUUGCGGCGCUCUUUAAAAACCAUUCUCACAUACGCAGAGGAUGACCUGGAGCUCAGAGACUCACCGUUCCCUGAGCAGGUGCAAGAUCUCGUCUUCAAUCUCCACAUGAUUCUGACCGACACUGUGAAGAUGAAGGAGCACCAGCAGGACCCAGAGAUGCUUAUAGACCUCAUGUACAGGAUUGCUAAAGGCUAUCAGAACUCUCCUGAUCUGAGGCUCACCUGGCUGCAGAACAUGGCCGGGAAGCACUCGGAGAGAGGGAACCACGCGGAGGCAGCACACUGUCUGGUGCAUAGCGCCGCCCUGGUGGCGGAGUACCUCAACAUGCUUGAAGAUUGCCGCUACCUCCCUAUUGGCUGUGUGUCAUUCCAGAGUAUUUCGUCCAAUGUGCUGGAGGAGUCUGCGGUGUCUGAUGAUAUUCUGUCCCCAGAGGAGGAGGGCAUCUGUUCAGGGAAGUACUUCAGUGAGUCUGGGCUCGUGGGACUCCUGGAGCAAGCAGCUGCUUCUUUCAACAUGGCUGCCAUGUACGAGGCCAUAAAUGAAGUCUACAAAAUCCUUUGUCCCAUUCACGAGGCCAACAGAGACUUUAAGAAGCUGGCCUCCGUCCACGGCAAGCUGCAGGACGCCUUCAACAAAGUAUACAAUCAGAGCUCAGGAUGGGAGAGGAUGUUUGGCACCUACUUCCGCGUGGGCUUCUAUGGAUGCCGCUUUGGAGAUCUGGACGAGCAGGAGUUUGUCUAUAAAGAGCCUUCAAUCACCAAACUGGCUGAGAUCUCGCAUAGACUGGAGGAAUUUUACUCUGAACGCUUUGGUGAUGAAAUGGUGGUGAUCAUCAAGGACUCCAACCCUGUUGACAAAAACAAACUGGAUCCCAAUAAGGCAUAUCUGCAGAUCACAUACGUGGAGCCCUUCUUCGACACCUACGAGCUGAAGGAGCGCAUCACGUACUUCGACAAGAACUACAACCUGCGCACGUUCAUGUACUGUACCCCGUUCACGCUGGACGGCCGGGCCCACGGAGACCUGCACGAGCAGUACAAACGCAAGACCAUCCUCACCACGUCCCACGCCUUCCCCUACAUCAAGACCCGCAUCAACGUCAUCCACAAAGAGGAGAUCAUUCUGAUGCCGAUGGAGGUGGCCAUCGAGGAUAUGCAGAAGAAAACUCAGGAGCUGGCCUUCGCGACCCAUCAGGACCCCGCCGACUCAAAGAUGCUCCAGAUGGUGCUUCAGGGUUGUGUCGGCACCACUGUUAAUCAGGGUCCGCUGGAGGUGGCUCAGGUCUUCCUGUCAGAAAUUCCCGAGGACCCCAAACUCUUCCGGCAUCACAAUAAACUGCGCCUCUGCUUCAAGGACUUCACGAAAAGGUGUGAGGAUGCUCUGAGGAAGAACAAGUCUCUGAUCGGUCCGGAUCAGAAGGAGUACCAUCGAGAGCUUGAGCGGAACUACACUAAACUGAGAGAAGCUCUGUUUCCUCUUAUCAACCGUAAAAUCCCUCAACUCUACAGACCGCUGCCUCUGCCGUCCACACCAACACAGAGGAAUUCACUCAGUCGAUCCAGUUUUCGGCGGGUGGAGUGCUGAGGUGUGGCGGAGCCAAGCGCGGGUGGAUGUAAAGCCAGACACGAUCUCCCGCUUCGUCAUUCAAGCCCAGCCACACACUAAAACACACUGUGCGCAUUCCUGAGCCAGUCUCCCUCUCCCGGAGCUGCAGUCUGUUUACUCUGAGAGGUUAUCUGCUGUAAACAGAGUCAUUAUGAUCUUCAUGGGCACAGAAGUGGCGGAACCGGUCAAAGUAGUCAUCAGUAGAGAAAAAUGAGCUUCUUGCUCAACGUCGGAGGUAAUUUUAGGUUCUAACCAACACACGGCAUUCAGAUGCUCCUCUGCGUUUCCUCCUUUUGUUUGUUUGUGCUGUCUUUCCCCAUCUCGUGCGCUUGUGUGUGUGUGUGAGAAAGAGGGCAACCAUGUGUGUGUGUGUGUGUUUGUGUGAAUGCCACAUAAAACCUUGUAGUGCCGUUUGAUUUAUCUGCUUGCACUCAGUGGAUUAAAGCAUUUGUAAAAAGCUCUAUGUCUUUUUGAAGACUAACCACUGACAGACUGAGCCCGGAGACCGACUCGCUCAGAGGAGAUGCGUUUAAUCUUUCACGUCAUUUUCACGCAAACUGUUUUUAAAAGUAAUUCGGCUCUUGGCUCAAGCGUUGAUGCAUAAAAGCAAAAAAAAAAGUUAUAUGGUGGAGAUCCUGGCUCGUUCUCUGAGUGCGUGUCCCUUUAGGUAACGGAGGAAGCACGAGGCAUUAAUAUAGUGAUUAACUGUGGAAAAAGUUCUGCACUAACAAAAGAGCACUGACUGCGUUUGAGUUUUACUGCCACUGCUGCACCCAAUCAUACUUUCAAUUCAAUGUUCAUGUUAUUGUAAAUGCACAGUAAUGUAAUGUAUUCGGUCUACUUUAUGCACUAGUAUGUAAACUGGAAAAAAGGAGAAUGAUUUAGAUGUUGCUGAAUGUAGAUAACGUCCUGAUCUAGCAAUACUCUCACCUACCUACUAUAGUUGGACUGCUGUAAUAUCUGUGUUGCACUAUUUUAAUGUUUGUAUGACCUCUACUGCCUACCGUGACACUAUACUGUGCAAAUUGUUGGCCUAAAUACUGUAUUUUAUAAUUACCAAAAUGAUUUUUUUUUAUUUAUUUGUAUGUUUGUCCUUUUUCUUUUCAAGUUUACUUUUUAUAUUAAAAGAAACUUCUCCUA